GUCUCUAUUGGUGAACGCACCCGGAGCCUCGCCCAUCUCCAGCGUCUUCAGGCCGCCUGCUGGUCUGCAGUCCGCUGGCUUUGCGCUUUGUGUGGCUCCCGGCGCUCCGAGCGGACUCCAGAAAGCCUGAGAAGUCAUCAUGGCAGAGAAGCCCAAGCUCCACUAUCCCAACGGAAGAGGCCGGAUGGAAUCCGUAAGAUGGGUUUUAGCUGCGGCUGGAGUCGAGUUUGAUGAAGAAUUUCUGGAAACCAAAGAACAGUUGCAAAAGUUGCAGGAGGGUAACCACCUGCUCUUCCAGCAAGUGCCCAUGGUUGAAAUCGACGGGAUGAAGCUGGUGCAGACCCGAAGCAUCCUCCACUACAUAGCUGCAAAGCACAAUCUCUUCGGCAAAGACCUCAAGGAGAGAACCCUGAUUGACAUGUAUGUGGAAGGGACCCUGGAUCUGCUGGAGAUGAUUAUCAUGCAUCCUUUCUUAAAGCCAGACGAUCAGCAAAAGGAAGUGGUUGGCAUGGCGCAGAAGGCUAUAAUUAGGUACUUUCCCGUGUUUGAAAAGAUUUUAAGGGGUCACGGACAAACCUUUCUUGUUGGUAAUCAGCUGAGCCUUGCGGACAUAAUUCUUCUCCAAACCAUUUUGGCUCUAGAAGAGAAAAUUCCUAAUAUCUUGGCUUCAUUUCCUUUCCUCCAGGAGUACACAGUGAAAAUAAGUAAUAUCCCUACGAUUAAGAGAUUCCUUGAACCAGGCAGCAAGAAGAAGCCACCUCCUGAUGACAUCUAUGUGAGAACAGUCUACAAUGUCUUUAUGCCGUGAAACAGUACAUCUGUCUGUGGGUGAGAACGCGUACCUGGAGGCGGCUGUGUCCAUUGAUUCCAGCUCUGUGCUGUGUGUUAAAUCGUGUCCUAAAUUGGGUUGUUCACAUCAAGGAGAUCUUCCUUUCUAGAAAUUUCAACUUCUUUUUUUUUUUUUUGGUCCAGUAAAUAAUUGUCAUAGGAAAUCUUUUUGGAAAACCUUUUGGGAACGGUUGAUGCUUAAAUUCGAUCUGAUCGAAUUACUCAUUUCCCAUAGCUAGUCCCUCCUGAUGAGAAGGAGGGGCAGAAUCUCAUGUUCUCCCCUGAGCGUUUUUCUACUCUCUUUAUCCUAUUUCUAAGGCCUUGCCAGUCUCUUCCUAAUUUUUAGUGUCCAGUAACAACAAAAUGUUCAGUAAGUGACUUUCCUCUGAGUUGUAAUAAAUCGAAUAGUAGUAAUGAAUGCAAUUGAUAUUAGCGAAAAUAAAGAAUUUCUCUAUCAUUG